GCGUAAAAAGUAGCCAUGAGUACGGCGAGUGGUGGAGGUGCUGAAAAAAAGCAUCAAUUGUCCAUCGACCGGGCCGUCUUUCUCAUCUUGCGCGUCCGCCGAGUUUUCCGACGCAAGUUAACGGGCAAAAGACUUCGUCCAAGCGGCCAACAAUCGACUCAUGGCAGCAAUGUCAACGACAAGGGUGGUGUUGGUGGAGGACUCCAUUCGAUGGCACCGUCGCAACGUCCAGUACCUUUUCUGCGAUCCAGGACACUGCCGAGCAUCAUCGUUCCAGCGACGGCAGUUGUGGCUAUGGCCACGGCUUCGGCAGCUGUUGGAGCCAUGGCUGCAGCAGCAGGGGAAAACGGACUGACAGUCCCGCCGUCCGGCAAUCGUUCGCAAUCUUCAUCCGAUUCAUCGCCUAACGAAUGGCAAGACAUCCGUGAUUUGUUGAGCUUAUCUUCCAUCACUGGAUCGAAACCACUGGGAUCUGGAUCUUCUGAUCCCGGAUCGCCUAGCUCCUCUGUGGGCGGAGUUCGGAACAAAAGAUCCUCCGCUGACAACAGUUCACCAGGCAACAGCCACCGACUUCCGAAAUUGUUUCUAAACAGCAGUCAAGGAACAGUGGCUGAUGGUGCGAAGAGCAAUCAACAACUUCAACCGCCUGCCAACGUGAUGAAGACGAGUCCAGUUCAAAUUCAAUUGCAGCUGCUGGCCAGCAACAACAACGACAUCCAUCAGCCAACGACGAGACCUCGCCGGCACAGUUUAGAAAGUAAUGAUUCGUUACGUGGCAAAGCAUCCCUCGCGGAUAAUCAGCAAGCACCGGAUGUCCUUCCUACGACGUCAGGUGCAACAACGGCCGGAACUCGAGUCAAUUUAGCUGUUCCGGAAUUACAAGGCAAAGCUUUUCCGACUUCACCGUCUGUUAGCGGAAAACGUAAAACAUCACACGAUAGGAAGAAAGAUUCAUCACUGGAGCUGCUGGUCCAUGGACUUCACCUGACAAAAACGGAUCUGAAGAAAAUGGAGAAACUGACGAAAAUCAAUAUUCAUCUGCACGCACUGUUUGCCGCCGUCGAGUUUGGCCAGGUGGAAAAGGCCAGGGCGAUCCUCGAGGACAACGAGGUCGACAUUAACAGUUACAACAGUGACGGUCUGUCCUUGAUGGAUGUGGCCGUUUUGACGAACAAUGCAGAAAUGGUCAAGUUACUCAUCCAACAAGGAGCCAGAGAAGGAACGGAAUAUGGCAGUAAAGAAUCGCUGAGUCUGCAUCUCGUUCAACUACUCAACGACGCCGAGAAACAACUGGAAGAGAAAAGUCAGCCGUCGUCUAGUCCGGUCAGAGUCGAGCUGGACAAACACGUCGCCCUAUGGAAGCGCCGAGUGCGCAUCCUCCGCAAAAUGAAAACCGGACUGGAACAACUCAAGGUGCCCAACAGUCCGAACCAGGCCCGCGUUGAAGUUGUUGGGGAACAUUCCGUCCACAUUUGGUGGCUUCAACCUGAAGCAGAUUCUGGUGGCAUUUGCACUAAAUUUAAAGUCCAAUGGUCAACUCAUCCGGAUUUUGCAUACCCCGGUGGCGAGCUGGAGGUGCGCGACACACAGAUCUGGAAGCGAAGCGGAGGAGGCGAUGAAUUUAACGAGGUGAACGUGACCGUCUCUACUUGUCCAUCCAAUUCGCGGUGCUACUUUCGAGUGGCCGCCGGCAACCUGUCGGGAUACGGGUCGUUCAAAACCACUCUCCCCUCAUCUGUCUUGUUAUCAGUCUGGCGGAUAAUAGACGGCCGAAAACCGCGUUUCGCCGGCCGUUUACCUAUAUUGGACGACCUAUUUAGUAGAGUGCGGACAUGGCGGCCUGAUUACGCUUCGGAAAUCCGACAGCUGGAAGACGGCCUGGGCGAGGCUCAGAAACAGCGCAAGAAUCCAGCAAAAAUUAACCUAAGGCAGUUCUUCGGCGCCAAUGUCAAAUUUCAAAAGAAUCUGCGCAGGGGAGUUUACUUUGCUUGCAUCGUCUUCCAUGAAGACAAGGUCUUGGUGACCACCGAAGAAUUUCCACCUGUCGUUGAAGUCGACGAUACUUAUCCCGCUUCAGUUAAUAAUGAUUUCCACUGGCUUAUGAAGAUUGGUUGCACUUGGAGUGACGUGAAAACUCUCCGUCAUGAUAUGGAGCGCAGUUCGAGUUCGGCAAACGCCCAUUUCCGCAUUAAAAUAUUGCAAGCAGCCGCCCAGUUACAAAGCGCCCUGGGCCUGCAAGAUCUAGGUCAGCUUCACUACCAACCGCUGAAAGAUAGCCAAGGGACCCUGGUGAUAUCGAGUACCUGCCAUUUGUCCAAUAUCAAGGCCAUUCCGUCUUCGUUGAACUUCAAGUGGCUGCCGCUCUCUAAAGUGCAACGGCGAAUCGUCACGCACGAAGAGAGUACGGCCGGCGAUCUCCUCCUCGCUUCUCUCCAGGAACAAAUAGAUUUCCUGCAAGUCAGCAACAAGCCCCUGCCGCGCGGACUCUACCUGGGCUACUUGAAAAUGAAGAGCUCGGUCGAUUUGAUUCGCGUUCUCGUGCCCAAGGACGCGCCCAACCUGUUGCCGCACGCCAAAAUACGAGACAAUCCGUGGGUUUCCAGUGAAGAAUGGCAGUGGAUCAAGAAGUUGGCUAAAAACCAGCCUCAAAACAAAAACACAGAGAUGAAUAAUGGAGAUGCCGACGGUGGAGAUGACAGGACGGAUUACGCAGUAAUGGAUGGUCUGACGGGAAAACUUAACCUACAACCCAGCACAGCCCAGCUGCUCUUUCAGAGUCAAUUGCAGAGGGCCGCGUGCAAAUUAUUGGGAAGCAUGGGUAUCGAAGGCUCUGUGAUGCAGCACCGUAUUUACGAAGAUGAAGUCAUUGAACUGAGUCCAGACGUCUCAGUGAUUCUGUUGCUUCCGCCACCGGACAGCGUUUGCGCCGUUGCUGGUCAAAGUGAGGCACUCUUUCAUCGUCCGGAGUUCCUGUCAGUACCCCUUCAGGUCUUUGAAAUGAUACACUUGCGCACCUACCAGCGUGAUCUCAUCGGCCGCUAUUCGCGGCUCAGUUCUAUUUUGGAAUUGGAUUCCAAUUUGGCUCAGCUGGCCAUGCGCGAGGCAUUUUCAAGCGUGGAGUUAGCGGAAGCUAAGCAGCGCUUCCAACGGCUUCAGGAUGUUCAAGUACAGGUGGAUUCAACAUGGAGAGGAUCACGUUGGGUCAUGGACGUCCUAUCGCUGGCAAGAGAUCGAACCAUGACUGGAGUAGGAGUUGCUAUUGCAGCUCUGUCUCAACAAAUUCCUCCUACUACUCCUGUGUUAUCUACUCCGACUGAGUCGGCUGAAGAGCCCGCUAGGCGUCCGACGCUCACCUUGAAAACGAGCAAUUCUUCUACAAGAACUCAUCAUUCGAUAGCGGCGAAUAAUGACAGUCGGAUUGUGAGCGGCAUACCUGGCGGUAAACAUCGAGUCCUUGUCAAAACGAAGAGCGAUAACAAACUGCUCGGCAAUCGCAAUUCUAUGGGUGAUUCUCCAGCCUUCAUUCGCAUCAACACAGUCCGAUCUCGGACCCCUGUCUGCCCUGAAUGUUCCGUCCCACUGGAUUUGCCCGGCUAUGUUUCCAAUUGCGGUUCAUGCUCGUGUUCGAGAGCUCGCUAUACUCAGCCAGAAACUGGUGAACUUUUUAAGCAACAGCAUAGCCGUAGCAACGAAACUCUUCCGACUCCACCCAUUCUCAUCGCCCAAAAUGGAGCUCGUAAAUGCAUAUCACGAAGUGAAAAUCAGUUGAAUAAUCUGGAAUUUCAGCCGUUCUUGGACGCUGAAGGCACAGACGAUAAUACACCUGUGUACGCAGCAGCCGGCCAGGAAGACCAAGAACAACAGCAAGAACCGAAGUAUGAAGAAUCAUCUGAGGAGCCUCCAGCGCCACCGCCCACUAAACUGCAACGAGGCGGAUCGGGCGGAAAGAAGGGCCGCUCAACGGGCAGCAUGAGGUCCAACAGCCAGGAAAGCGAGUGCAGCCAUCCGUCGAGAUCGAGCCAUACUCCAUCGCUGACUUCACUUUCGUCGGUUGACGGUGAUCCCGAUUCCGGAAGUAUACGCUCGGGUGAUGUCGAAAGCGGAGAAGCCUCUGCUAGUGGAAUUAUCCAAGUUUAUGCUGCCUAUGAAUCCGGUUUAGCCAAUGGCACAAGUGUGAAACUACAUGUUACUACUAGAACCAUCGCUCGCGAGGUAGUGGAUUUAGUGGUGCGCCAACUAAACAUGGCUGUUGGUUUGAAAGGCAAAGAUGGCCCUGUGUACGCUGCCGAAGAAUUUAAAAAUUUCUGUUUGGUGGCCGUCAUUGGAGCGAGAGAAAGAUGUCUGCGAGACGAUUUCCGGCCGCUUCAUCUACAAAAUCCGUGGAAGAAAGGGCGACUUUACGUCAGACAGAAAAAGGACGUCCUCGCGGCCAUUGAACAGAGUGGGCGUCAACAAAAGCCUCAACCGGCUGCCCUCUGAUUAGUAAAAUUGCAUCUCAAAACUACGAAUCUCAAAUGGGUCGUUCUGUUCAGAUGAUCGUUGACUGGAUGCUGACAUUGACAGAUGACAGAGUAAGAUUAUUUAACCGCCAUCAUAUGGAUUUUAGUAAUCGAAUUCAUCUAGCCCCAUGUGUUCUAUCCAAAUGGAUCUUUCAAGGGUGUAGACAAGGGGAUAGUUAUCUUUCACGGUCUUUUGUGAUUAUCUUUAACACAGUUUCCGUCUCACGCUAUUGAAAUCGGUAUUUAUUGUAGUAGAUGUAACCACCGAUUUCUGCGUACACACUGAUUAGACAUGUAAUUACUGUUUUCUUAAUCAUGACGUCAUCUGUUGAUAUUUGCUUGUUAAAUGUUUUGUACAAAGGAAAAAUUCACGCCAGUAGAUCCAUGGACAAA